AUGCAUGAACUCUCGAUAAACAUUGACACAAAGGAGCUCGUCUCAUCCGACAUGGCAUUAUUAAAUCAACAGCUACCAGAAAAUAAUGUUAAAGAAGACAUAUCAGAGCCUCCAAUAGGGUCUUCUUCGACUACCAGAAGGUUUGCCUAUGCUUUAGCAUUGACCAUGAUCUUUAUUACAUUCUAUAGUUUUCCAAUGCAUCAUCAUUUUCACGGUCGUGGUGGCAAAAAUGCUCGCUAUGUGUGGUGGUGUGGGUGGCUCACAGCUGUUGCUACGGGCCUUGGAGCUUUACCAUUCUAUUGGAUUCAAAAUAUCGACAAAUUCUGGCUUGGUAUUUGCAAUGGUCUAGCAGCGGGUAUGAUGAUUGCUGCAACGGGUUGUUUAUUCCAUGAAGGAUUAUACGUUUCACAUGCAACAAAUUAUGGAGUCUCGGUGACCUAUCGUCUCUUUUUAGGUGCCUUUUUAGGCGUAUUGUUCAUUAAAUUCACCAAAGUUUUCUUGGAAGAUUAUGAGAACGUGACGGUGUGUGGGCUAAAAGGUCUGGAUGCCCGUAAAGCGCUGCUGAUCAUGGCUGUCAUGACCCUACAUUCGGUGUCGGAAGGUAUUGGUGUAGGUGUUUCAUUCGGUGGUGAAGGUGGUAUUCGUCGUGGCCACAUUGUCACGAUGACUAUGGCAAUCCACAAUAUACCUGAAGGUGUAGCAAUUAGCCUGUCGCUCGUACCACGUGGACUGAGCGUCUUUUACGCUGUGCUGUGGUGCAUCAUGUCCAGUGUACCACAGCCAAUCUUCGCGGUGCCGGCCUUCCUGUUCGUGGAGCACUGGCUGCCUAUUUUGCCAUGUGGUCUGGGUUUUGCUGGUGGCGCGAUGGCUUACGUGGCGGUACGAGAAUUACUGCCCGAAUCGCUUGAGGACACCAAGUCAAUUCCCACGACAGUGUCAGCCACUACGUUCGCUUUCAUGGUGUUCCUGACUAUCCAGAUUGCGCUUAGCGGCUCCAUUUAG